AUGGAAGUUGACGUUCGCAGGCAGCACCCACUAGGCCCGCCCUCCUUGCUUCCCUCCGCGGUGCCUCGCUCCUCGCCAUUGCUGCCCGUGGACUCGCUCGCCGCCUUGGAGAAGCGUUCCGACGUGUCGCCGCGAACGCCACAUCCUCCGGUCUGGGAGACCCUGCAGCCCCUGCGCAGAAUCCCGUUGGACGGACUCGCCACCAAAUUCGCCCCGUCCGAGGACCCUGCGGCGCACCGCAGUCUGCUGUCCGCCUCCCUGACGGACAGCACUUUGUCGCCCUCUCAUUCCGCAUUACGAUCAUCCCCAACUAAGAAGCCUACGGGCACCGGUCGUGAGACGGUCCCUCAUCCCUGGUCGGGACAACAACAGGACGGGUCGCUCGCACCGAAGCCCGAGCGGAGCUCGAGUCGGGGCCGGCGUGGUCGGGUUGAACAGUCCAUUGAGGCCAGCCUGGCCAACCCAGAGCCCGCGUCCCAUGUGCGGAGCCGCAAGUCCAGCCACUACCUGGGCCUGUUCAAGGAAAACACCACUUCGCCGGAUCGCAAACGCAGGGAUGAGCGCGGCGGACGACAUGAUGAGUUUGCGGAACCCCAUGACAAGCAGCAAGUAACUGCGCACUCGGAGCCGCGUUAUGACCGGGAACGUCGUGAUUCCCAAUUGCGCAUUCCCUCUCCGUCCGACGACGCCGAACUGCCCAGCUCGAAAAGCCUGUCGCAGCUAUCGCUCGCGGACGCACCCGUCUUCCCACCCAGUCCCGAAAGUGAAACCUUUCCGCAAAUGUCGAGCGACAAUGUGUCCAAGCCCCUUCCCAUCCUGCCAGAAAGUCUGCUGGAGGAGAUCCGCAACUUCCAUCUUACUCCGGGCGGAGCUCGGGGCACGUCAUUCUCGCGGAGCAUCCCCACGCAGUUUUCCGAACGGAGCAAAGACUAUUUCACCAAGGAGCCUGCGCCGUCGGGCCUGGGGGAGCAGUUCUCCCCGUCGGAUACGGAUCGUGAACAACGCCGGGGCUCAGGGCAGUUCGAAGACGAGGAUGACGAGCUGAUCUCCUCUGCCGUCUACUUCCCCCACGAACGGGUGACGGUGUCUGAAGAAGUCGACCAGGUCGAGUCCUUUCCGGAUAGCCAGCACGGCGUGGAGCCCGUUGAUAUAUCGACCCCUCAGAGUAGUCACGUUCUGGUACCCAAGAGACAUGCUGUUUCCGAAGAGCCGGAAGCUAAUCAUGUGGACAUAUCCCUUCGCUCUAAAAAUGAUAGUAGAAUCCUACACGGCGACCUGCAGCAAGGCAUGCAGAAUGCUCCCAUAGAAGAACUUAAUGAAGAGUCUCUUGGUUCUAUCCCCGAGCGCGCCGCGGAAUACUCCACCUGCGAAUCGGAAUUUGCGUCGGCUGACGAUAGUGGCAUGUCGGUUCGAGACGAGGAAUCGAGCGUGACAGAUGAAGCUGAGGUGACGCCCACAGCCACGCCCACCCAGCGCUCGCGCAUCGCCCGGCCCCGCCGCAAGCACGAGUCGGCCGCUCCUCUGGGCGCAGUGGAGUUGAAGCCCUACCGGCACCAGGUUGGGGGCCAUACAACGGUAUUCCGCUUCUCCCGGCGCGCCGUGUGCAAGCAGCUCAACAACCGCGAAAACGAAUUCUACGAGCGGAUUGAGCGUAGGCAUCCGGAGAUGCUGAUGUUUCUCCCCAGAUACAUCGGAGUUCUCAACGUCACCUUUUCCAAGACCCCGAAGCGACCCAAAGCCUCCUCCACCAGUCAGUCGGAGCGCCCCGAGAGCGCCAACGCUACACAUCCCGCCAACGGGGCCGACAAGCACGGGCAGCCCGCAGACAGCAGCGCCCGCCCGCAGAAAGAGGCAGAAACCCAACGGAUCUUCAGUCAGAAGCAGGUGACAGGGAUUGUGCCACAGGUGAUUCUGGAAAAUAAUCGGCACAUCAUUCCCGCGGAUCUGUUCUCUCGCUGCCAGCGGCCCAGAACGGCAGACGGCUCAUUGUCGGCGUCCAGGAGCUUCUCGGGCGACACUGGACAGAUGUCGGCGGAGGAAAAUAUGCGGGGUUGUCUCUUGGAUGGGCAGUCUUUCAACAGGAAGCAGUGGGGCGCCACUACUGUCAAUACCAAGCUGCAAGAGCAGGUGCUUCGGGAGGUCUUUAGCCCCCCUGCUAUCCACCAUCACCGGCGCCAUGCUCGAGGCCAUCUUAAUCUCCCGAGAACGUCGUCAGAUGGCUUUGGAGUUCGUCGGCGCGCCAACCUGUCGGAAGACCAGACCGCAAGCAGCCGCCGAAAUGCACCUGACCCGAGUGAGCCCGUUCCGUCUGCCGCGAUCGAAAUCACGAAGCAAACGAGCGAUGGGCCGGGUCUGUCGUCAUCCGCGUCUACCGCAUUGGAAGCGAGUCAUAACCGCCUCGAGAAGGUUCGAACCGAAGACUCCCCGCCGCGUUCGAGCUCGCUCUCGCGGAGCCGACCGAUGCGGCGCCGUCGGUCCGGGAGUGGCUUGCAACGGCGAGGAAGCAUGGGCUCCGGGCAAGCCGGAGGCGAGUUGUUGUUUUACGAAGACGACGGGUACGGUGGGGAUAAGGAAGAUGGGAUCUUCUCAAUGGAAGGUGAUACUGCGGUAGCGCCGUCUAGUCCCUUGAAGACCAAAGUGUCUCCCCCAACCUCUCGGGUAUCGAGUGGUGACAAUUCGCAUGUAGACGGCCAUGCGCUCAGUGAUGUCCUCUCCAACACCUCCAUCCCCUCCGAGCCCAAGGACGACGGCGAGGCGCAACUUCCGUCCAACCCUAAAGAGGCCCAAACCAGAAAGGAUGAUCGCGUGCAGUUCUUCCUUCUGCUGGAGGAUCUCACAGCGGGCAUGAACAAGCCCUGUGUGCUGGAUCUGAAGAUGGGGACCCGUCAGUACGGAAUCGAAGCCAACGAGAAGAAACGCAAGUCCCAGCGACGCAAGUGUCAAUCCACGACGUCGCAGGAGCUCGGUGUCCGUCUGUGCGGGAUGCAGACCUGGAACGUGAAGAAGCAGGAGUACUCGUUUGAGGACAAAUACUUCGGACGCGACCUGAAGUCAGGCCGUGAUUUUCAAGACGCGCUGACGCGAUUUCUCUACGACGGCGCCAGUUACCGCAGCGUGGCGAAGAAGAUCCCCGUCAUCCUGGACAAAUUAGCCAAGUUGGAGAACAUGAUCCGGAGGCUGAAGCGGUACCGCCUGUAUGCCAGCAGUCUGUUGAUCCUCUAUGACGGCGACCCCAACAACACCGGCCAGGCGUCUCAGGAGACCAAUGGUCGUUCGGGACGACCCAACAUGCGCGACACUCUGCAGCGCAAGAAUUCCGACGACGGCUACAUGGACGUGCAGUUGAAGAUUGUUGACUUUGCGAACUGCGUCACGGGCGAGGACGAACUGUCCCCGGAUGCCCCCUGCCCUCCUCAGCAUCCGGACGACAUCGACCGCGGCUAUCUCCGCGGCCUGCGCAGCCUGCGGAUGUACUUCCAGCGGAUCCUGAAGGAGAUCACCCAGGACGACUAUGUCGAACGGGGCGAAGGCGAGGCCAUUGCCCUCGGGUCCCAGCAUACGGGCCGCGACGAUUCGUCGGAGCGCUACUGGGACGAGAAUGUGCUGGAGACUGACCCGGGCGAGGUCAGCUUCUAA